CGACUACUACUACUACUACUGCAAUAAUCCUUGACGCCUAGCUCUUGCUGAACGUCGAGAAACAGGUUCAAUGCCCCCUUCUUCGUCUUACACUUGUUACUGAAAUGCGUACGGAUGUUUGUAUCCUCUGAUAGUACAGACUUAUUCUCCAGUUUCUGUGGCGGCUGAUAGACCCUUUGAAAUCACCCGCACACACUAUCCUCGUGUUCUCGUCACAGCAAGGAAGGUCCUCAACCUCAUGCCAUGCACACACCAGCCCGACAUCUUUUGCCAUGUGUUGGCCUCAACAAUUAUGCACGUAGAUGCGGUGCACGUGAGGGUAUAAUCUGCAACCUCCACAUCUCUGCAGGUUGCAGAGGCACUCACUCUGAAUUAUCUUCAACCACCCCAACGUCCCACUCGCCGUGGGCAGAGCCUGGUCCUUAUCCUCUGGCGUUUCCCGCUUCUCACCUAUCUUUGAUUGCUACUAGUCCUUCGAGUAAUAUCAUGACACGCACUAACAACACCGCGUCCAAUACGAGACUGGCUAAGCCUCACCUUCAAAGCACCACACGACGCGCGGGUACUUACUCUCAGUCUCAAUCUCGAAGGUCGAGUUUGCACGGCUCUCCGACCACCUUGCAGGUUUCGUGGUUCCUUAGGACCAAUCUACCUCGAAGGCGAGGAUCGACCCUACCCGCUGACUUUCAGAAACGUACCUUUUUCGGUAUGGGAGAGAUUGUCGGCGUACUCGCAAACCCUGCAGAAACGCUUCGCUCUCUCACAGACUCCAAGAGGAUGUUGGAGGAAACGAAGCGUGAACUCUCUGAAGCGCGAGAACGAGCUCAAUUGGGUCCUACGCACACUUUCUGCUCUUUACCCGGUUUCUAUGAUCGACCAAAAGAGAUUAAAGCGAUUGAGGGUGUACUGAAGGGCGAGCCCAACUUCACCGUUUUAUUCGGUGCUAGUAGCGUUGGAAAAACAGCUCUGCUACGUCAAGUGCUCACCGGACCAAAGUACCAUGUCUUACAUUUCGACCUUCGCAUUGCUGGUUUUGCAGAUCUGGCCAGCUUAUACGUCAGUCUGAGUCAGCAGAUGGAGUCGUUCUUCAUGAGCGUGGCUGAAGAUCCUGAUAUGCCAGGAUAUGCUGAAUUCGAGAAGGAGGCAUGGGCUUUCAAGCACGACCGUCUGAGCGUCGAGAAACGAGUUUCCUCUGCAGUCAGCAGCGACGGUCCAGGUGGUGCACUCCUUGGAGAAAUCAAGACUAGUGACGUGGCGCGCCUCAUGGAGCUGUUCCAGAGUUCGCUUCUAAAGUACUGGAACUUCCAACCCUCGCUUGAUGCCAAACCUUCCUCGCAAGAAAGUAAGACGAGCGGAGACGCUGGUUCAACUCGCAGUCAAACUCCAGCACCGAAGCAGCCAUCUGGUGGCCUGUCUUCUCGACUGGCCAUGUUUUUACGCAGACGCAAGAAGGCCGAAGUCAAGGUCGAUGAAAAGAAACGAGAACAGGAGACCAAUGGCAACGGUGAGGCGCAACGACCCGAGGAAAGACCGCCGCCUGUCAAGAAGAUGCCGGUCUUCUUCAUUGAUGAGGCCCAUAAAUUACCCGCUUUGAUUCGGUCUACUGAUGCUAUGAAAUGUCUGCUCGACGCGAUGCUCGUUUUGACAAAGCAAGAUCGCCUCUGUCACGUUAUACACGCGACCAGUGAUCCGUUCUAUCAGACAUGGCUACGGCAGCUCAAUGUUAUGCAACACUGCAAGAUUUUGACUAUCGGCGACUACCCCAAGGUCGACACGAGGAAAUACUACCGCGACCAUAUUCUUCCCACAGUCCCUCGCGAGCUCCGCUCCGGACUUGACUUUGAGACGCUCUAUGAAGCCUUUGGAGGAAAGCUGGCCCACUGGCAGGACUAUGUUGCCGACUACGUCAAUUCUGGUGGCAUGCUUGACAUUCAGCAAAGCUCUCACUUCCUUCAAGCACACGCUUUAUUGAAUCUCCAUGUUAUUCAUUCCGCUCAAGCCCCUCCUGCCCAACCAAGCGCCGAGCCCGAAGCCACUUCAAAUAGACACAGUCAUCAGAAUGGCUCUCAACCGGCCUUGCAUCGGGCAACACCGACAGCGCCUGCCGUCACUUCCGGUUCAGGGUUCAGAAUAUACUCUCCCCUUACAGCAGAUCCUCACGCCAAUCCGCCUACCUUCUCGCCCACAGAUCCAGACUCGACAGACUCGGGAGCUGAUUACAGCGCAACGCAGCUUUUGCGGGUUAUGAAUCGAUUCAUACAACCUGGCACUCGUGUGCUUUCCUACUUCAUGCUUUGUAGAGAGAUGGGCGCAAGGGCGAUAGACGCCAUGAUUAGGGGACGGGUUCUCGACGUCAGGUGGACCGACCCCAUUUCCAGAGAAGGCUGGGAUCCACGAGUGAUUUCGAUGGGUGCGCGCAUUCGGGAGAGCGUGCCGGCGGUUCAACGACAUGGGGCCAAUAGUAGUGGGACUGUGGUCAAUGAUCAAGAUAUCCUGGCUGAAGAGGAUGAUGAUGCCAUGUACGCUCUAUCUGAAGAGGAGAUCGUUAGGAUGAGCCAGCGAGAGUGGGAACUUCAAGCGGCCGAAGAUGAAGAAGAGAUCGUGGGACCCAAGUUGGUACCUAUCACUCCCAUCAUGCGGUAUGCCAUGCGGAAAGUUGUGGACGAAUACAGGGACGACGAUGAUAGGACCGUCUCUGAAUACGCGUCCUUGUCCGGGGUGGAAGAGUACUAGUACAAUCGCGGUGCGGUCUGUACUGUAUUUAUUCUUAGGCCCUUUCGCACCCUUUCUGUCUAUGCCUUUGGAUUGUAUACCUUGUUGUUGUACUAGUCACCGAUACACUCACUUGCACCUUCUAGCAGCUUCAUGUGAUACUUGUUUUCCAGGUACAUCAGCGCUAAAUCUUUAAACAGCGCUAUCUGGUACAUCACCACGAUGAUCUCGUCAAACUAGCACUUCUAAGCGUUUGAGCCGUUCCGCGUCGUCCGAACUUUGUGAUGCUA